CAUUUUUUUUUGUGCGGGUCGGCGCUUUCCUCCGGGUCAUCACCAAAGAAGCAGACAUCUCAACUUCUCAAGCAGAAGAAGAGUGAGCAGAGUGAGACUACAGAGUGUUGUAUUUAUAGAGAGAGAGAGAGAGAGAGAGAGAGAGAGUGAGAAAAUCGAUCUCUCAGUAACGGCUACUUUGAUGGUAGUGAAAUAGGAAAGACUGAUUUUUGACUUGGUUUGGUUGCUGGUACAGGAAUGGACUACGGCAAUCACAAUAGUGAGUCAUGGGAUUGGCGCAGGGAGAAUUGCGGUCUCCAAAAGGAUCCCAAUCGUGACAUAUCUGAGUGCCUGUGGAAUGGAGUGCCUCAGAACAAAGAAGAUCUUUCCUACAUGUAUGAUGAAACAACCCCCAUCAAGGCUUGCGGGGAUUUGGCUUACCAUGUUGCUCCUAGUGAGAAUAUGAACAAGGAACCAGAAGAAUGUAGAGAAACUUCUUCCCAAGUAAAGAGGCGUCGGAUGCUACAGUUCAACAAUCAACCUCUGGAUCCUUACUGUUCUAGUGAAGAGAGGUCAUCUGCAUUCCUUAAAUCAAAUGAGAGGGAGGAUUCAAUUGAAGAGGUUUUCCCUGAAUCACCACAUUGGGCUUCUAUGCUUCCAGGAAAUGUGUCUGCCUCCGAUCAUGAGAGCUUCGACCCGUCAUAUGAAGAGUGGUUUGCAGGGUGCUUAAAUGAGACUGAGAUGAAUUUCAACGCUGAUGACAUGAAUUUAUCUGGGACAUCUGAUAUUCAGUUCGAAAUUGCAGACGUAUAUGACUUGACACCCGAGUAUGAAGCUAAUGUGGCUCAACAGUGUGUUACUCGAACUCCCCAAAAAAUUGUUUUUAAAGGUAGGAAGUCUUAUAUACGGACCCCGACUAAGUUGGCUACUUCUGUUGCCUAUCCAUUUGCCUUCAUUAAACCCAGUGGGGCCCAUGGAGAUGUAACUCUGAAGGAGAUAAACCAGCGGAUCCGCACUCCGCCUCCUGCAAAAUCGAAGCAAGAUAAUGAAGACCCUGUUGUUUCUUACCCCACUUCAGCUUUCUCUGGGAAGCCUGUAGUUGGGAAAACAAAAAUUCGCACUGAAGGAGGAAAAGGCAGCAUCACAAUUAUGAGAACUAAAGGUUGAAUGAGUAGACGAGUGUUCUUCUGGACUUCACCUUUUGUGGCCCUUCCAUCUUUCCCCUUUAUUUCCUGGGGGUUUGAGUUUUGCUGUAAUAUUCCAGGCCAUCAAGUAUAGAAAUUGAUACUUGUAUUUUUUUUUGUUGGACUGGUUUCGGAAUUGUUAGAUUAUGUCAUCAAAAGUGUUUAUGUUUCCUAGUGGUGCGCAAGGUGUCAAAUAGCUGUUGUCUUAUAAUGUUUGACUUUGAGCUAAGAUUGUAAUUAGAAUCUUGAUAUCUAA